CGAUGUCGGAACAAAAAAGUUGAGAUCAGAAGAUAAUGGGUGAAAUGGGGAAGGCGAUAGGAUUACUGAUAAGCGGGACGCUUGUGUAUCACCACUGCGCUAAUCGAAACGCGACUCUUCUCUCUCUAUUCUCCGAUGUCCUCAUCGUUCUCUUGUCCUCCCUCGCUAUUCUCGGUCUUCUCUUUCGUCAACUCAAUGUCUCGGUGCCUGUGGAUCCAUUAGAGUGGCAAAUAUCACAAGACACAGCCAGUAAUAUUGUUGCACGUUUAGCUAAUACUGUUGGAGCUGCUGAAUCCGUUUUGCGUGUUGCGGCAACGGGACAUGACAAGAGGCUUUUUGUUAAGGUCGUGAUCUCUCUAUACUUCUUGGCUGCUCUAGGACGAAUCAUAUCCGGUAUGACCAUUGCUUAUGCAGGACUAUGUUUGUUCUGUCUCUACAUGGCUUGUCAGAAGUCUCAAUCUACCGGAAACUCUGUACUGAGACGAACUAACCGAGAGACUUCUGAAUGAAAAGAAGCAGCUUCAAAGUUUUCAACAUUUAACUCACAAAAUCAUAAAUCUGUCUAAAAUUGUUUUCUUCUUAAAUCUUCUUCCCAACCUUAACAUGUUCAUAUAGCUUUGGAUAGUUAACAUUUAUUGUACACAUUGUAGUUUCUAAAUGUAGAAAUAAUUUUAGUAAUUUAAUUUGAUUUUUC